UGCAAUGCCGGCGUUUCUGCGAAUUUCAAACUAGCAAGAAGAAGCAUUUGCAGCCGGUUUGUUUUUGUGUCGUUUGUAAAAAAAAAAAACUGAAUAAUUCGGGUUUUUCUCCAAUAAAUGUGAGUGAGGACACCUGCAACCAUGGCUCACUUGACCGGCACCCGCGUCAGCACCUUUAAUGAGAGCUUCCUGAACGAGAAUGAGCACGACUCGAAUGCGGUGCUCAUGGAACUGGACAAGGGAUUGCGGAGCGCCAAGCAGGGAAUCCAGUGCGAGGCGAUCGUCCGUUUCCCUCGGCUUUUCGAGAAGUACCCCUUUCCCAUCCUCAUCAACUCGUCGUUCAUAAAACUGGCCGAGUUCUUUGUCAGCGGAUCGAACCUCCUGCGUUUCUGGGUGCUCCGCGUUUGCCAACAAAGCGAGAAUCACCUGGACAAGAUCCUCAAUAUCGACAACUUUGUGCGCCGUAUCUUCAUGGUGAUGCACUCCAACGAUCCGGUGGCGCGGGCCCUGCUCCUGCGCACUUUGGGCGCCGUUUCGCGGGUAAUUCCCGAGAAGCAACAGGUGCACCAUGCCAUCCGCCGGGCCUUGGAUAGCCACGAUACCGUGGAAGUGGAGGCGGCCAUCUACGCCAGCAGCUGUUUUGCCGCCCAGUCCAGUUCGUUUGCCAUCAGCAUGUGUGCCAAGAUCUCCGACAUGAUCGAGUCGCUACAGGUGCCGGUUCCCAUGAAGCUGCUCCUAAUUCCCGUGCUGCGGCACAUGCACCACGAAGCCACAACAGCGUCAUUGGUCAGUAAGCUUUGCAUGGAUCUGCUACCCAAAUAUCCGGCCCAGAGCUUCGUGGUGGCCAUAAUAGACACCCUUACCCAGUUGUCUUCCCGCACGCUUGUGGGUGUGCCUGGUCAGCUGGAGGUUCUGCUUGAAUUCAUGCAGGAUUUAAGGACUCCCGUGCGCAUCCAGGUGCUGCGCUCCUUCAACGAAUUGGCCGGUCGUCAGAGCGUUCAUGCCUGGCCCAAACCGGCUAUUAAAGCUCUCAUUGGGCGGUUCGAAUCAUGUACGAACUCCCAGGAGCAGUUUCUAUUUCUCUCCAUCCUGCUGAAGCUCAGCGAAUGCCCACUUACCUGCCAGCAACUGCUCCGAGAGCAUCGGGAGGCCCUGCUCCGUCUGUGCAUUCAGUGCAUCAGCAAACUGGACGACUACACCACCGCCACUCAAGCUAUGGCUGUGCUCUCGGUCUUGGUGGCUUUUGGUUUGAAAAAGGAGGCAAGUGGCGAGCAGGUGGAAGAUAUACUUCAUAUGGUUAACCUUCACAUGGAGGGUUUGCUUCUUUGCACGGCCAAACGGGCGGAAUGCACACGGGAUCUACGAAGGGUUUUGACCUACGGAAUACGGAUCACACAAGCUAAUGCCGAAUUUGGAACUUCCUUCAUCGAAAUCGUGACCAAUACACUAGGCGAUAAGGUUGCCUAUCCGCCGGCCAAUGCGGAGCUCAUGUGUGAGGCAUUGGUGGGUCUCUGUGAGCACUUUCAGUUGCGCAAAUACGCCUUUUCCACGGCAGAAGACUUGAUAGGAGACGACGAUGCCAUGGACACUGAUGAACCACCUCCACCAAAGGUAAAUCCCAUGCUAGCUCGCUUACCGCUCAUCUUGCACAAGCUAAACACCAUAAUCGACCAGGAGAACUGCGCUCAACAGCUUCGAACCGUGGAGAUCCUUAGUGCUUUGGUGCUUCAGACCACAAUGGGCUGUUAUCUGCCCCAGAAAGUUGUGCAAUGUUUUGAAAAGUGCCUGGGCAGACUCAACUGCUGGACCCUGUACAGGAUUGCUCGCACCGCUAGCCGCUAUGGUCACCAUUACGUGGCUGCCCACAUUUACACCAAGGUCUCCCAGAUUGUGAUCAGUGAUCAUAUGCACUACUUCCUAGUGUCUUUGUCGCAGAUAUCUCAGGCGGAGUGCAUCCUCAACUAUGGUUUGGAGUACACCUAUAUGCGGGACCAUUAUGCACCGAAAGCGGCUCCCGAACCCUUAAUGCCGCUGAUGAAACGCUUGGAAAUGGCCAGCAAUCUCUACCAGCAGGCGUUGGCCAGCCUGCGGGCUUGCUCUUCGCCCCAGCAUCCGUGCACCUUUCAGCUGGAGUAUUUGAAGAUAAGGGCACAGUUUCUGCAGACGCUCCAUUUGGCAGUGACCGUGAAGAAUGCCCAGGUGAUUGUGCCGCCACCGGCGAUAGCAGGAAGUUUGGCUCAGAACUCGCGGGAUUACCUACAAAAGUUUGGACACGUAACAAAUCAGCUACGCAAGCUGGUCAAGGCAUUAAAGGCUUGUGAGGAAACGUACGCCAGACUCUACAAGUCUUCCUUUGAUGCGGAUCAUGUGACGCUGGAAUUCCUCGAAGUGGCAGAGUUCCAAUGCGCUCUUUUUGCCCACAUCAUUGAGUCGAUUUGCUAUGCCACACCACCAGAACCACCUGUCUUUCUAACCACUGGCGAUCACCCGGAGACGCGCUACUUUGCCGCCAGUUGCCAGCGAAUGGAACAGAUGCAGAAGAAUCUGCCCCAGGAGCCGGCUAAUGCCAAGACCAUAAGCAACCGGCAUUUGGAUGUUAUCAUUGCACAGAUCGAAAUCAUAACGAAGACGCCGCUGUGCCUGCCUCGCUACUUCUUUCAGAUACUGCAAUCCACGCAGAUCAAGUUGUCGGUGAGUCCACAGCCCAGGAGCGCCACCGAACCCGUGAAUGUCCAGUCCGGCAGUAACCUGGUGAUCAAAGUGGAGGGAGUUCUGCAGCAUUUCAGCAAGCAGAAAAAGCACUUCCGGCGCGUGGAGUCUGUGCAGUUGAGUCUCACCUCGCAGUUAAUUACGCCACCACCCCGAUCCUCUCAGGAGCUGCCAAAACAGGGAGCCAACGACACGGUGACCCUCAACCAGAUUGUGAAGCCGCAGCGCGAUUUCCUCUCCGGCAGCUUCUUGCUACCCAUCUCCAGUGGCGGGCACUUUCAGGUGACGCUGGAAACAUUUGUCGUGGAUGAGAACGGGAUCACCUGGUGCACAGGUCCCAAAUCAUCAAUGGUGGUGCGAGUGCUGGAGGAUCCCUCCAAGCAAGGAGCACCUGCGCCGAGCACUUCCCAAGCGGUGGGACAGACGAGAAGAUUUUAAACCCCAGCUGCUUUAGUUUUAAUAUGGAAUAUCUGU